AUGAUUGUCUUAUUCAAAAUCUUCUUUCUUGCAAUUCCAUAUUUUAUUUCACCUUCAGAAGCCAAAGCUACGCCGCCGGCGCCGUUCAAAUUCAUUUUUCCAACUCCGGGAGAGGUAUAUACGUUCAGUGAUGGAGAUCAGGUUAUAGUCGAAUGGAAACCACGACUUGCGGUUACAACGGUGCACUUGAAUUGCACAUCUAGUGAGCUUAAUGAGGAUGGAAUAUCGUCAAUGUCCCGGGUGGAGUUUGACGGUGUUACCUCUGGGGUAGAUUACUCGCCCAAAAUGAUUGAAGAGGAAGGGGUCUGCGUAUUCUGUGCUGGGCCUGAUCCGUCAAAGACAUGCAGUGGAGCGUUUUCGGUGACAGAAGCGGAAUCGAAUACAUUUCACAACGUAUGGACUUCGAAGGGUGUGUCGCUCAGUGCGCCGAGUGGGGAUGAAGACCACGAAAGUCCUGCGCCGAUGAAAUAUUUACCAUCAGUUACAGAGGACGACGCGGAAUCAACCUCAUCAUCGCCCACGCCCAUUCCCCAAAGCUCGAGCUUCCCAAACUAUUUACCUCCAAGUGAUAUUGUGGAGGAUAGACCUUUCGAUGGAGAUUCUGCGACGAAAUAUUUACCAUCAUUUACAGAUAGCGACCUCGAAUCAACUUCAUCGACACCUGUGGACUCCAUUUCUCAAAUCUCGAGCUUCCAAACCGAUUUACCUUCAAGCGAUAUUGUGGAGGAUCGACCUUUCGAUGAAGAGUCCGCGCCCAUGAAAUACCCACCAUCAGUUAUAGAAAGUCCUAGUAACUCCUCCGCCUCACCAAAACUUACCGCUCCUCUCCCUGAUGAUUCGAGUCUUCCAAGCGAGAUAUCUCCCGGCGAUGUACCUACAAGCGAUGUAACUCCAAGCGAUGAUGGUGUGGAUGAAAUGAUUCCGACACUCCCUUAUCUGAAUUCCGGUACGCUAAAUUCGUCAGCACCAACUGCAACGAUCGCUUUUCAACCACACACGAGUCUUCCUCCCUAUAUAUCCGGAAAUGCAACAAAUACAACAAAUUCGAUAAAUGCAGUUGGAACGGUCGGAGUUGUAAUUGGGUCGGGGUCAUCGACUAUUACAGCGCAGCUCCAGGGGUGGAAUACGACAUCGACCGCUACUAGUAGCGUAGUCACAACGACAAUUCCAAUACCUUCGGAUCGAAUUCCUACAGCGUCUCUAGUUGCGCCACCAGCAAGUACUGUUUCUGUUUCUGCAGUGGGAAGCUCUUGGUCGUUCAAUGUUGACUUUGCCUUACUUGGACUGUUGGCUGUUGGAGCUGUGUUUGUUACUCUUUGA